AUGUUAGAUGCAUUUAUUCAUGAACUAAAAAUGCACCUGCACCUUAAUUAUAGUGACAGAAUUAUACGUUGUUUUGGUAUUAGUUUAGGAUUUCAAAUUGCAGAUGGAUUAAAUUACUUGCAUAAUGAAAAUAUUUUACAUAGAGAUCUUCAUUCUAGGAAUAUAGUUAUUCAUGAAAAAAAUGCUAUAAUUACUGACUUUGGUAUUUCAAAAAAUCAAAAUAAUCAAACUUCAACAGCUUAUGUUGGUAAUUUUGGUAUUAUUACUUAUAUGGAGCCAAAACGUUUUAAGGAUGCAAAUUUUCCAUAUACUAAAUCUUCAGAUAUUUAUAGUUUUGGUGUACUAAUGUGGGAAAUUUCUAGCGGAUGUCCUCCAUUUAAGGAUUGUGAUGAUAAAGUUGCACUUGCUAUUUCCAUUAACACUGGUACUCGUGAAAAUACUGUUCCUGAUACUCCUAACGAAUAUGAAAAACUUUAUAGAAAUUGUUGGAAACAAGAACCUGAACAAAGACCAACUAUCAUUGAAAUAUUGAAUGAGUUUGAAAAAAUGGGUUUUGGAAAUAAUGUCAUAAGAGAAUUAGUCAAAGAUAAUGAAAAUUUAACUUCGGAAUCACAGUCUAAUGCUGAAUCUUUAGAACAUGUACAUUCCUCUUCAAAUUUCCACAUUAACUGGAACAAAGAGUUGGCUAACACUCAAAGCAAUUAGAUUUUCAAAGAAAUGUAAAAAUAGACAUGUCUUUUCUUUUUUUAAAGCUGACAAAUGAAUAAAAUUGAACAUAUGCUUAAUUUAAGAUUACUAACCAAAUCACCAAACAU